AUGCGCCGUGGUCACGGUUCUACUAAAGUGCCAAAUGUCAAACUUCGACCCCCACCACCAAAGGAGAAAGCAAAGAGGCGGAUCAUCGAAGAAGAUGUCAAUCCUGUAGAUCUCGAUGACGUGCCUGCGCGCCCGUCUUUCCGAAGAGACUAUUCUAGAGUCGAUAAACCUUUCGCCAAUGUGAUACUGUGUUCGACUGGUAUCAAAGACAAGGUCUCCUUGUUUCAAAGAGCGAGCGAACUCGGGGCUUGUGCAAUUGAGAAUGGUAUGGCUGUCAUGACCCCCGAUUGGGUGGACGAAACAUAUGCCCUUUGGUUGGAGGGCAAGGAUAUCGACGUGGAAGAGUCCAUGCGAAAGCACACGCUGCCAUUCCUUUCUGGUCUCACUAUAUGCCUUACUGGAGGUGAUAUAAACUCUCAGCAACGAGACGCUAUCAGCAGGCAAAUCAGCUCCCAUGGCGGUGUCUACUCCUCGAGCUUAACGAAACAAUGCACGCAUCUGCUCGUCAGUGCAGCCUCCUAUGAAGCUGUUGCAAGCACAGAAAAGGUCAGGUUUGCGCUGCGCGCUAACAAAGAGAAUAAAGCACACAUUCAUGUCCUUUGGUUGGAGUGGUUUUGGGACUGCUUGACUGUAUCUGGCAAACUCGAGGAAAUCACAUAUACCAUUGAGACCGGUAAACCAAAGCCCAAAGCACCUACUCUGAAUCAACGCCUCAUACACCCCUCCGAUGUCUCCGCCUCCUUUCCUACCCCCCCUGCUCCUCCUGGAGUUGCCGUUGAUCUGUCCAAAGACGCUCCAGAACCAGGCAUGGCACCGUCAAUGAGUCGGGUACAACGAAACGAGCAGCAGACGGCACUAUGGCACCAGCUUCAAAUUGCGAACUUGCCAGGAAUUCUAUCUCAGUCACAAAGGAGGCCAAAAAUUGAUAUUUCCAUACCUUCCGAAGAUGAGGCUAUGAAAGAUUAUUCGAUGCCAACCAGCACGGGCGCCACGCCUGCCAUCAAGCUAGCUUCCCCAGUCGACAGGGAAUCUCAAUCUGUCCUACGGCAGUUAGCUAUUUCCAAGGCUUCGUCCUUUAACCAAUUGUUCGACACCACUAAGACUGCGCCGUUCAACCAGCCAGACUCACAAGCUGGUCCCUCGAUGCCGAAAGAGAGGCGAAGGAACGGCAUAUUCGAAGGAAUGACUUUUUGUCUCGUCGGGGACGCGAGGACGGUCAUCCUACAGGGAGCCAUCGAAUCUAGUGGGGGAACCGUUCAUGGAGAUGGUCAUGCUUCCGAGAAGGCUAGCCAGCCGACUUGGUAUAUUGUUCGCUUGAACACAGGAUCUCGUCACGUGCAAGAAAUCGCAGCAAGUGGACACCAAUAUGUGACAGAAUGUUGGGUUGAAGAGUGCCUGCACCAGGAACGAGUGUGCGAUCCCGGCGAACACGUUACUUUUCGGCCCAUCUUGGUACCCACUCCAAUCGUAGGAAUGCACCAAAUGCGUCUACAUAUUUCUGGACUUGAAGAAAGCAACGCGUUGUAUGCUCAGCGCCUAGCCCGGACGCUAGGAGCUUCUGUGGCAGUCGUGUUUUCGAAGAAGAGUACGACACAUCUACUCUGUCCGACUCCGGCCGGUGUUAAAUAUGAACACGCUGUCCGCUGGGGUAUGCCAACGUUGAGAUUAGAGUGGCUCUACGAGAUCGCACGUACGGGAACUGUGCCUGACGCCGGGGGUUACCACCUUUCUGUGUGUCCAUCCGCUUCCACUAUGAUGGAUGCUACCAUUCAGACCCCCUCCCCCUUUGCCUCUCAGCUCAUUCAGCGAGCCGUACCUUCUCCACCCCAGGAAAACAUCCAGCCUUCAAGCCGCCUAUCCCCGCACCCUCGGGAAGCGCCAGCGCCACCUGGCCCCUCUCCAGAUGAAACGCGCCUUGAAAAUUCAGCCACGGAAACCCUUAGCCGUUUAAGCAACAUCUUCGGGGCAAAGCGCAAGUCUGCUGAACCGGAUGUGGAAGAUAAGAUGCCGUCUUCUAAGAAACGGACUAGACCGGUGACCCGGGUGAAGAGUGGUGACACUUCAAUCCCGUCCACUGCGACAGGAAAAUCAACCUUUGCCCCGCAAUCCUUCAACUUUGGAGAACCGAUCCGAGAAGGGGGGGAGGAGGUUGACGCCCCAACGCAUACACUUUCUGGUCCGUUAGGAGAGAGCAUGCGCGUGACCUAUGAAGAUCCAGAAUCGCGAGCGGAGAAGAGAAAGUUGAUGAAGCUGAUCGGAGUCCUGCCAGAAAGCAUUGAUCCCACAAUCGACUUGGAAUCCCCAGCAAGCGGAACAAGUCAACCUCGACCACGACCGCGGACUAGAAAGAGCACACGGCAGUCUUGAAUGUGAUAUAUAGUCCUUGACGUACUUCAU